CCGCUCAGUCGAUCAGAGUCAUUCGAACGCGCCGCUGCUCGACAAUUUCAUCUUUGGCGCGCAAUAAAAUUACAAUAAAACGAAUCGCUGAUCAUUUUACAACAUCUAUAUAGUGGUACAAAUAUUUACAUGUACAUAUGUGCUGCAUUCGAUUCGCGUCGGCCUUUUGGAAAUUGGAUUAAAUUAUUGUAUAAAGUCUGGUAAACUCAAGUAAAAAAGUGCACAAAGAUAAACAUCAAAGACAUAAUCAAACAAAGAGAAAAUUUCAAACAGAAUUUCAACUGAGUAGAGAUCAAAUGUUACUGUUUGCAGAUGCUCAUAAUGUGAUGUGAUAUUUGCCAAAAGCCUUGAGCCUCCAACAGUGUCAGAAAAUCCGAUACCACAAAAAGAACAAGUUCUGAAUGUGCAAAAAUGUUCUCCCAAAUCUGAGGGAGGGGGGAUGCUAAAUAGCUAAACCAACAGCAGCAGAACACGAAACAGAGAGAGACAGAGAGAUAUUCCCAGAGUCAAGUUCUGAUUACGCGAUGCAUGUGAAUUAUGAAAGGAAUAUGAACGGGCAGCCGUUGAGUGCCGAUAUGAGCAAUCGGAUCAUUAAUCUGACGACUGGCAAGAACUGCAGCACUUCAUCCACAGAUUCCGGUGUCAUACUCAUCGAUAAUGUGCCUACCCUCAAGGUUGAGGGACCAAUGACCAAAGAUACGAGUAGCAGCAGCGAUGAGGAGCCCCAGUCAAAACCCAAGGCGGAAGCGAAUAUGAAGUCACAGGAUCCCAAGCUCAUUAGCAUCGAGCAUACAGUGAAUAUCAGUCAGAGUAAAGGGGCUAAGACCUCGCCCACUCUCUCCAUUCGGAGUACGACUAUCUCGAUUGUGUCCAUCGAUGAGAAUGCCCUCGAUUCCAGCUGCAUUGAUAGCGACUCCGAUGUCGAUGGCAUCCACGAUGACUGCACGGUCCAGAAGCUAGGCCAGCAGAUCAGUUACCCGCCCAACUGCAGCUCCCAGCUUCGUGACCUUAACCAGGGCCUGACCCUAAUAAGUCGUCAGGUGACACCGGGCCAGACCGAAGUGUCGCCACCCACAGCCUCCGAGGCUGGGGCCAUGGCCAAGCAGCUGCUCAACGGGAGCCUGGCCUUGGCCACCCCCACCCAAACCGGGCCCAAUUCGCCGCAGGGCAUCGGCAGCAUAGCGCUGACCAACUCCACAGACGUGACCUUCGGGGACAAGCACUUCUAUGAGGGUCCCGUCACGAUACAACAGUUUCUCAUCGACAAUCGGGACAAGUGGAAACCCGGCGAUUGCGCCGAUGGCGGUGUGGGCGCUGGCCAGGAUAAUCCCGCCUUCAAUGGUCGCCCCCAGGCGAAUGGCACUGCAGCGGGUUCCAAGCUUGAUGAUCCUGGUCAGCAGGCGCCUAUGCUCUGUCCGUAUCUGCCAAAUACCAUAAGUCGCAAGGCCAUCAGCAUAACGGUGGCAUUUGUAUUGUUAACAACACUAUUGGGCAUCAUAUUGGCCACCACAACGAACCUCUUUGGCAAGACGUUGAACAAAAUCGAAGGUGAUAUUGUGUUGGAUGGAGAUUUAGAGAUGAUCAAACUCAAGGACUGGGGCGGCAAGCCAACUAGAGGUGAGCCUGAUCUUCUUGAUCUACCCGUUUCACGUGUGAUCAUCUCCCACACCGCCUCCGAGGGCUGUGAAUCGUUGGAAGUCUGCUCGUAUCGGGCACGAGUGGCUCAAAGCUUUCAUAUGGAUGGCUACAAUUGGGAUCAGGUGGGCUACAACUUUAUGAUUGGCGGCGAUGGUCGCGUCUACGAGGGACGCGGCUGGGAUAUUAUAGGCGCCCACGCAAUACGUCACAACAUGGACAGCAUUGGCAUCUCUUUUCUGGGUAGCUUUGACAAGAUCCAGCCGACAAAGGCCCAGCUCCGUGCCUGUCAACUGCUGAUCGCAGAGGGAGUGCGCCUCAAGAAGCUGAAGCUGGACUACAGGCUCUACGGACAUCGCCAGCUUGUGGCCACCAAGAGUCCCGGCGAUGAACUCUACAAAAUCAUACAGACGUGGCCACACUGGCAGAAAUAACAAAAUGUGUUGUAAAUAAAUGUUAUUUUUGCACUUAAUAAAAGAAAAUCCAAUAAACAUGCAAACAAAAAAUCGCUUAUGUACUCCAUAAUUCCACACUAGCUCCUAACGGUAGUCCUGACCAACACUAGUUCGUAACGUUCAUCUCUAAUCAACACUAGUUCCUAGCGAUAGUCCGUAACCAACACUAGUUCCUAACGUUAACCAACACUUUCAUUACUUUUGGAGCAUAAGGAAUAAGAUAUCCCCACACAACCUGCCUGUUUCCAGAACUAAUUACUAUUCAAAUUCCUAAAUUCGUUCUCUUAUUUACAUAUAUCCA